AUGUUGCGAAAAGGCAACAAAGGGUGUUCGAAUAACCUUGUGGAGAAAGCAAGUGGUGCAAAUGAAUGUUACAUGGAGGAGAGUGUUGUUAAGGAUGGUAAAGAGGAAAAAGAAGAAAUAUCAGAUGAAAUGUCAGAUGAGGUAACAAGCACUGCAAGCUAUGAGGAGACUGAUGAAUCAAAAGAAAGUGGAGGAAAUUUUGGAUUAAGCGAUUUUCUAUCAUAUAAGGAAAAUUCAAAUGUGUUAAGAAAAUUUUUUAUUUUUGUAUUAUUAAUUAUUUUAUCCCCAAUAAUUUUAAUAGUACUAUACAAGUAUGUAUUUACUGUAUACUUUAGUGUUUCAAAAGAUAACGCUUUACUAUGCAGCCUUUUUUCUGUAGUGGUGUAUAUCAUUACCCUAACAUUGUUUUAUUCAUACCUAGCGUUUAAUGAAGGCGGAACCAUUGACAUAACAGUUUCUGACACACAAGAGAAAAAAUGGAAAUAA